GGUGUUUUCCUCUCUGUGCCGUGUCGUUUGAUUGCAAAUUACGUGAACUGGUAGCAGCUUUUCGCGUGAAUUCGUCGCGUGGUUCAACAACCCGAGUGGCGCGCGUGCUUGACGGUUGACGGAGGUGCGUGGCAGUUUUUCACGGACCCCUGGAUCGAUUUCGUGCUCGGUUGGUGAAUUGAAGAAGAAUAAAAUCGACUAGUUCCACGUAUAUUCUUCACGUUUGAAUGGUCUAACUGAUUGAACACGUCAUUUACAACUGUUGAAAGUGUCUAGUUUGAUUGUUGCUACGAGAACUUCAGCAGACGACGCCAUCAUCGCUGCUGAGUGCUGUCUGCUCACCAACAGUGGCGUUUUCGAACUUUGCCUUUUGCCUAACGAUAGGCAAAAGAUUAUGGCGGAUUUUAUCUCUCACAUCCACGGACAUCCGAGUGUUUGAAUCCCCUACACAAUAACAACUGGGUGUUGCCCGAGCUGCUAAUUCCAUGGAGAGCAAAUUGAACACUUGCAGCCCGGCGAAUGCUGUCGCUUGAUUGACAGAGGAGGAGGAACACAGGAAAGAGGGAAACUUCUAGGACGUGGAGUGACUCCCGGAUGAAGAUAAACAAAUUUCCGGAUUUCGCCUACACCACGGCGUAAUAAAACGAAUUGAUCAUGGUAAUCAGGACGAAACGUCACAGACGGUCGUUAGCAUAAAUCCUCAACCGUCACUAAACUAUCUGCACUGCAAGGAGGAAGACGACAAAUCGUUUGGAAAAUCACAUCGAUUGCGAAAUUCUUGGAAAUCUUCCAAGUCAUUGCUAUUGGGCAUUUGGGAGAUCUAACAAAAGCACCCUCGAAUAGUUGUGAUCCUUAAACGGAAAACCAUCGUUUUCGACGAACUGUACCUUCCAAUGGUGAACAAGUGCAAAACAAAGUGGACCUUUUUAAAGUAAGUGCAUGCUUUUCAAAGUAGUUUUUAGAUUAUCCUAGGGCAGGACUAGCUUCUCGUUUUUACGCAAAUUAUGAGCACCAUAUUUCAUGUGAAGGUACAGGACUGUUUUCUUAAAAAGAAAUUUUAUUUGGGGUUUGUUUUUAAUGUGAUGAAUUAGCAUGGAGAUUCAAAGACUAUCUUGAGUAUAGAAUUUGUGGACAGCGGAAAACAUAAUUUGCCGUUCUAAAUAGCCCUUGACCGGAAACUAUCCUUCCGAAAGAGAACAUUGUAAGUAUCUUUCAAAACUAUUUACUGCGCAAAACUACUGAAUGUUCAAGGGCUUUCUUUUUAUAGAUGUCCUACAAAACAUGGGUUCAAACAGUUUGUUUUCCUUUUUUAUAGCGAGAAAAUUCAUUCAGUUACUUUGUCUAGACGGAUGUCAUCAUUCAUUUUUAUAGAGGAACAGUCGCGAAUGCUAUGGCUAUUUUUUAUAAAGAACCCUUAAAAUAUCAACGUCUUCCUCUGUGGCUUAUAUUGACCAAAUUCGCUCGAUUAAUUUAAUUGGGUCCAACACCCAGACUUCCUUGCUUUGAUCAAUUCACGAAUGUCUGAGAAUGAGAGUGGACACGCAUGGGCUACGUAGUAUAAAAGCUGCGCAGGGGAAUUUUUCGUUCAUAGUCAUAUGCAGGCAUACAGAAGCAAUCUGUAUACUGUUUGUUGCAUUGCUCUUAAAAAGGUUGUUUUUCACAGGAAACAAGUAUGGCGGCUUCAAUGUUUACUUCAGCUAUCAUCUCUUCCAUGGUAUUCCAUAGUCUAAUUGCUAUGACAUCGGUCUUGGCAUCAACUUCAACGCAAAGUUAUGCGGUUUGCCCUCAGUAUUUGAGGUCUGCAUACGGAGGCCAUGCCGCCGUUCCGUGUUGGUUGUUGGAUAAUGGAAAUUGCUAUUGCUUCUCAUUAUACAUGGAAUGUUGGUCAAACGCUAAUUACAUGUGCACUCAAGGAGGAAUGAGCCUCGUAGCCAUUGAAACAGGAGAAGAAGACAGUGUGAUCAGUCGGCAUCUUAUGAACAUACCUGAAUUGAAAGGUUAUGCAUACUGGACGGCUGGGAGGUAUAAUGAUACCGAAUGGCAAUGGUUCUCAAACAAGAAACCAAUCACUUUCGACGACCUGAAAAAUACUGACAAAGUGAAAGACAAAGAGGCCGUAUCAAAUCGAUGCAUUCUUUUAAAUUACGUAGAAGAAGAUUAUCCUAGUGGAGGAUAUGCAUCCCGUAUCUGUGCUAGUUUUGGUUACCGUUUUGUAUGUGAAGCUACAGCACCGUCGCAAUAAUGUUUAACAUGUGUUUGGAGAUUGGAUGAUCAUUAAACUCAUAAGACGCCAUGGAUUCAUACACAGCCGAUAUUGAUUAUUACUAGUGCUGCUUAAUACAGAUACCAUUUCCUGAAA